CUUGUGUGGUGUCAUAUAUGAGUUCUGUGGGUGUGGGUGUUUGGGAGCUUUUGUUCGUAUGCUUUUUUACUUGUUUUGAGUGCAACUGUUUGUUUGGAUUUCCCUGUCCACUUUGUUGUUUUGUUAAUCUCGGAAGAGUCCUAAGCGGCCGAAGCCUUGGAGUUUUUCUCGGCUACUUGUCGAUUUGUUUGUUGUUUCAGAUCGAUUCCAAGCGCAUACAUAUGAGAUAGGUAUAGCCAUCACUCGCCAAGGGAAUUUUGGGCCUUUUCAUCUGCUCUCUCCCCCUUCUCUCAGUCUCGGCUGCUUCUUUCGUCGUCGUUCUCUUCCUUAAUUUGCCUCGGGGAACAAGAAUCUUUCAGAUCUUUCUCCCAUGGUUACCUACCUGCUCGCAUGCUGUACAUCCUAGGAGAAAGGGAGAAGACGAAGAAAGAAACGGAGCACUGCCAAACCAAGGAAACAAUCCAAAACGGAAAAGUUUUCUUCUUGUGGUUUGAGGUGCAAGGACCGAAAAGGAGGUGAUGGCAUCGAAUUCAUCGGCUGCAGAGGCGGCGGCGUUCUUCGGGAUUAGGGAUGGGGACCAGCAAGACCAGAUGAAACCGCUCAUAUCGCAGCAGCAGCAGCUGGCAGCGGCACUGCCAGGCAUGGUUGCAAACGCGGCAGCUCCUGCGACAUCCAGCCAAGGCGCUCCGGCUCCGGCAGCACCACCGGCCAAGAAGAAGAGGACUUUACCAGACCCGGACGCGGACGUGAUCGCGCUGUCGCCCAAGACGCUGAUGGCGACGAACCGGUUCGUGUGCGAGGUGUGCAACAAGGGGUUCCAGCGGGAGCAGAACCUGCAGCUGCACCGCAGGGGCCACAACCUGCCAUGGAAGCUGAAGCAGAAGAACCCGAACCAGGUGCAGCGCCGCCGGGUGUACCUUUGCCCGGAGCCGACGUGCGUCCACCACGACCCGUCCCGCGCCCUCGGCGACCUCACGGGGAUCAAGAAGCACUUCUGCCGCAAGCACGGCGAGAAGAAGUGGAAAUGCGACAAGUGCUCCAAGCGCUACGCCGUCCAGUCCGACUGGAAGGCCCACUCCAAGAUCUGCGGCACCCGCGAGUACCGCUGCGACUGCGGCACCCUCUUCUCAAGGAGGGACAGCUUCAUCACGCACAGGGCGUUCUGCGACGCGCUGGCGCAGGAGAGCGCGAGGCUGCCGCCGCCGACGAGCCUGAGCAGCCUGACGAGCCACCUCUACGGCGGGGGCGCAUCCAACGCCGGCAACAUGGCGCUCAGCCUCUCCCAGGUGGGCUCCCACCUCAGCUCCACCAUGCACCAUGACCACCCGGAGCUACUGCGCCUCGGCGGCAAUGGCGGCGGCGGCGGCGGCAGCAGCAUCGCGGCGAGGCUCGACCACCUCCUCUCGCCGUCCGGCCCGUCCGCAUUCCGCCCGCCGCUGUCCUCGCCGUUCUUCCUCAACGCGGCGCCGGGACAUGGGCCGGACUUCGGCGGCGACGACCACCAGAACGGGGCCGGACCCAGCUCCUUCCUGGGCCAGCCCAGCAACAACAAGCCGUUCCACGGCCUCAUGCAGCUCCCGGACCUCCAGGGCAACGGCGCGGGCGGCGGGCCUGCGGCGGGCCCUAGCUCGGGCCCCCACGGGCUCUUCAACCUGGGCGGCUUCUUCUCCACCAACGGCAACAGCUCGGGAUCCAGCGGCCACGAGCACGCCGCGAGCCAGGGCGGCGGCAUGAUGAACAGCAACGACAACAACCAGUUCAGCGGUGGGUCCGACGUGUCGGCAGCGGGGAUCUUCGGCGGGAACAACAACUUCGUCGGCGGCUCAGGAGAUCACCAUCAGAUCGCGGGGAUGUACAACGAGCAGCAGGCCAUGCAGCAUCAGCAGCAGCAGCAGCUGCUGCCGCAGAUGUCGGCGACGGCCCUGCUGCAGAAGGCGGCGCAGAUGGGGGCGACCUCGAGCAACAACAACAACGGCGUCGCGGGGUCCAUGUUCAGGGGCUUCGUGGGCUCCGCCUCGGCCCACGCGCAGCAGCAGAUGGGCCAGAGCCAGAGACAGAACGAGCAGCAGGCCCACCUCAACGACCUCAUGAACUCGCUGGCCGGCGGCAACCCGGCCGGGAUAAUGUUCGGCGCUGCGGGCUCCAACACCGGAGCCGGGAUGUUUGACCCGAGGAUGUGCGACAUGGAGGCGCACGAGGUGAAGUUCAGCCAGGGCGGAGGCGACAUGACAAGGGACUUCCUGGGAGUUGGCGGAGGCGGGAUCGUGCAGCAGCGCGGGAUGUCGGCGGCGACGCCCAGAGGAGGAGGAGAGCAGCACCACCAGAGCAGCAGCGACAUGAGCUCCCUGGAGGCGGAGAUGAAGUCGGCUUCGUCCUACAACGGAGGCGGCGGCGGCGGCCGGAUGGCGUGAUCGAUCCCCCAAUUCCCCAAUCCAGCGAGAGCGAGCUUACACAAGCCGUAAGCUCCAGCUCCGCCUGCAAGUGAGUGAGUCUGUCUGUCUGAGACUUUGAAGCAACAAACCAGCUGGAAUUAGCGCAUGUGCAUGCAUGGAUGAGACUGAGAGGCCGGAUCGUGUCAGUGAGGUUAGCGAGGUACUAGCGACUAAGUCGAGCGCAUGAGUGAGUGAGAGUGCAUGCAUGCAUUUGGUAACGAAGACUUGGAGUAUUCCGAAAGAGAGAGGCGUCUUCCAUCAGUGACUAAUUAAGUCGGAGUAAUUAGCUAGCGCGAGCGGACGCAUGCAUGCAUGUGAUGACCCUUGGAAGUCCUCCAGGGGUUGUUCUUGUUCCUUUGUUGUUUGUUUUUCCUUCCUGUAAUUGGAUCUUUGUUGGGUUAAGUAUAGUUCCGGACCAUAGAACAACCAAUUAAUAAGACUAUUUUAGUUUAUAGCUA